AUGCAGCAGGAGUCCGCCUCGCCGCAGUACACGGCUGCUGAGAGUCUCGCACUGACGCCGUUCAGGCUGGCGGAGAAGCGCUACAAGUUGUACCGCCUUGACCGACGUGCCGCGCGGCGCCAGCCGGCGCCUGAGACGGACUUCAGCGACGUGGUGGAUGUGCGGCGCCCCGACGCAAACACGCAGCGCAAUCGCUCGCUCCUCCGCAGCGUCCAAACCGGCGGCGACUCGCAGGCGCGGUGCUUUGCGUUCACCGCCGUGCCCGGGCUGCUGCUCUUCCCCGAGUGCAUCCCGGCGGAGGAGCAGCAGGCGCUCUGUCGGGAUGCGGUGCUGAAGUACGGCGACUCCAGGCAACACCCCAACCACCUCUCAACGCACGCAACGGCGCCAAGGAGCACGACGCGGUACGAGGCGCCGAUGCGGUGGGCGACGCUCGGCUUCAGCUACGACUGGACCACCAAGACGUACAGCCGCGGGCGCUACUCGCCCUUUCCAUCGGCGCUGAGGCGGCGCAUAGAGGAAAUCCUGCGCCUGUGCGGCUCCGCCGCGGGGCUCGACGCCGCCGGCGUGUCCGCCUACGAGCCCCAGACGGCGAUUGUGAACUACUUUCCGGUCGGGUCGAUGAUGAUGGCCCACCAGGACGUGAGCGAGGAGUCGAUGCGGUGGCCCCUGAUCAGCAUCUCGCUGGGGUGCUCCUGCGUCUUCCUCAUGGGGACCGACUCACGGGAGGAGGCGCCCUACGCCUUUUUGCUGCGCAGCGGCGACGUGGCGGUGUUCUCCGGGCCCGCGCGGGUCGCGUUCCACUCCGUCCCGCGCAUCAUGGACGACUGCCCGCCGCACCUGCGCCCGCGCCCCGAGGGACGCGACGGCGCGCAGCCUGCGACGCGGUUGGCGCGGGACGGCGAGGACGUCGACGACGGUGACGCCUACUGGCGGGCACAGAUGCUGCACAUGCGGAUUAACGUAAACGUGAGGCAGGUGUAUGCGGACAGCUGUGAGUUUCUGUUCGAAGCGUAG